CAGGGACUUAUCGGUUAUCGAUGAGCGCAUAACGAUUUGAUGAUUACGAUCUGGAAGCCGAUCUAUUAUUUUCUGCUGAAUGAUGAGACUGAUUGCACACUCGAUAAUUACCUGUUGAUCUUGUCCGGGUUAUUGCAUUGUUUUCGUCUUUGCCAUGCUCGAAGAUACGGAGGAAGCUCCUCCUGAGGUCCAUCACUACAGUGACAUCGGCGAAGUUCCUUGGGAUAUCCAAAAUUACUUUGCGCAGCGAUACAAGCUCUUCUCCAAAUACGAUGAAGGUGUUUGGCUGACCGACGAUGCCUGGUUCGGAGUCACCCCAGAACCUAUCGCCAACAAAAUAGCAGACCAUCUCGUUGAAUCUUCCCCCAAAGGGCGUAGCAUCCUGGUUGAUGCGUUUGCCGGGGCGGGUGGAAACACCAUUGCUUUUGCGAAGAGCGGCAAGUGGAAACGGGUCUAUGCUAUCGAGAAGAAUCCUGCUGUUCUAAAAUGUGCAAAGCAUAAUGCAAAGGUGUAUGGUGUGGAGGAUAAGAUCACUUGGUUUGAGGGUGACUGCUUUGAGAUCUUGAAAAACCAGCUCAAGGACUUGGCUCCGUAUAGCAUCGUCUUUGCGAGUCCUCCAUGGGGCGGACCUGGAUAUCGCUCGGACUGGGUGUUCAAUCUGCGCACCAUGGAGCCAUACUCUUUGGCCCAUUUGUACAACGAAUUUUCACUAUUCACAGAGCACAUAGUCCUGUUUCUCCCCAGGACUUCUGAUUUAAAGCAACUUGCGAAAGUGGUUGACGAUGGCAAGAAGGCCACGGUCAUGCAUUACUGCAUGGAGGGAGCCAGCAAAGCGCUGUGUAUCUAUUACGGUGGCUUCGAUGUAAAAUGACCGUGGGUCACUGUAUUAAAAGGGCUUCUUAUAUUCCCUCUGUCGGUUUUAAUUUUCUUUCUUUUUUCUGUUCAUUUCAUUUCGCGGAGUUGGGUGGAAGGAUUUGACUGCACUGCAAUAUUAUCUUUUAAAACGAG